CCGCACUUUCGUCAGUGCACUCAGUCCGUGAUUGGUGUGAGUGCUGACAGGAGAGGCUCAGUCAAUUGGGAGUAACACAGUUUUAUAAACGAAAAAAAAAUAAUUGUGGUGAACAAGGAAUUUUCCACGGACUAAUAAUUGGAAUCCCAAUUGUCGUGUUACCGUGAACUGUAUAAUUGAAUUAGCAAUUAAUUUAAUUGAAUUACUAGAAAAAUGGCUGAGAGUAAGAGUGCGUUAAUCGCAAAGACAGUGCAAAAACACGCCGGCAGGGCCAAAGAGAAGUUUCUUCAAAAUUUGGGAAAAGUCGACCGGACUGCUGAUGACAUUUUCGACGAGCACCUGCAGAAUUUCACCAGACAACAGAAUGCAGCAAACAAGUUGCAAAAGGAAUUCAAUAACUACAUAAGAUGUGUUCGUGCUGUACAAACAGCAUCAAAGACGCUUAUGGAUACACUCAAUGAAGUUUAUGAGAGCCAAUGGACUGGCCAUGAUCUUUUAUACGUUCAGGCACAGAAUUUGGAUAUGCUGUGGCAAGACUUCACUCAUAAAUUGGCGGAUCAAGUACUUGUACCUCUCAAUACAUAUCAGAGCCAAUUCCCAGAGAUGAGGAAAAAAAUUGACAAACGGGGACGUAAGCUGGUGGAUUACGACAGUCAAAGGCACAGUUUUCAGUCGUUACAGUGUAAUCCAAAGAAAAAGGACGAGUUGAAAUUGAAAGGGAAGGAAUUACUAGAAGAAGCUAAACGGACUUACGAGCAGUUGAAUUCAGAGUUGCACGACGAAUUGCCAGCACUCCAUGAUUCUCGUGUUUUAUUCCUGGUUACUAAUCUGCAGACGCUGUUUGCUGCCGAACAAGUAUUUCAUGGUGAAAGUGCUAAGGUUUUCUCGGAAUUGGAGGCAAUUGUUGACAAACUGGCUAAUGGCAGUCAGAGAGGGCCAUACACAUUGAAGAAGAUUUCUGAUAUACCAUCACCAAAAUCACCAAACGCAAACUCAUCAUUGAUAAUCAACACGCAACCACCGCCUCAAAACGAUAUAUCAGCCGUUUGUUUGUCGCGUGUUACAGCGGAUGAAGAGUCGACAGUUGAGAGUGGAGAUACAUCGCCAACAACUCAGUUAAAUGGCAAUGCAAAUAGCAAUUCUAACAGCAAUGAUAACUCAAUCAAUAAUCAAACUUCACCACAGUCCGUACAGCCGGCUAAGAGAGUAGAGGAAUUGUAUGAUAUACCAACAGACGUGGAAUAUGAAAAUGGUACCAAUUUUUCCCUAGGAGCAACUACCGAAAACUUGCCACCAGGUGUUUUGUACAGGGUAAAAGCUACCUACAAGUACAGUCGCGAGGAUGCUGACGAGCUCUCCUUUGAUGUUGGUGAAAUAAUACGAGUUGUGGAGUACGACGAUCCCGAGGAGCAGCAGGAGGAGGGCUGGCUGAUGGGAAUGAAAGAGGGCACUAAUGAGAAAGGAAUGUUCCCAGCGAAUUUCACAAAACCCUUGUGAGCAGAAGUGCUCAAUUUGCCACUCACACUCCAAUGCUCACGUGAAAGAAAAAAAUAAUUAGAAAGUAAUUGCGAAUGAAAAUAAAAGAAACUAUUGAAACAACGUAUUUUACUAAUAAAAAUAGGUAGUAGAGGUAAAUUUUUAUGUGAAAAAAUAACGAGUCAUAUAACGUGAAAAACCGAAAUUUCAAUAUCAUAAAGAUUUUUGAUUAUUUCUAAUUGGUCACAACAAAAACGAAAAAUUGAUAAGAUAUUACAUAUAAUGCCGUAUUUUUAUUCGAAAAAAUAAAAAAAAUCUUAUUCAUCAAUUUUCACGAAGGAAAAUGUAUGAAAUUUGAAAAAUAUUUUUACUCUGUUACUUGAAGAAGGUAAAAAGAAUAUCCGUUUGAGGAAUGGGAACAAAUAUUUCAUUGUUUUUGAUAAUUUUUCCCCUCACAGUAUAAUGAUGAAAAGAAUUAAACAAAAUAAAAUAUAUGUAAUGAUAUUUUAUGAUGGUUAAUGCUGGAUGGUACUGCGGAUAAAUGAAUCAGCCCAAUGUGCCUUAACCCAGCCACACUGUCUGUGCCAAUUGACACUCACUGCUUUCAUAAUGUGAGAUUUUUUCUUCUCAUAUCAAAAGAAACGAAAUAAAUAGUGUAUACACGUUACUAAUAACAAAAGAAAAUAAUACGAAUUAAAAUAUUUGUAUCGUGGUAUACGAUGAGAAAAAAAUACAAAUUUGGUAAUGAAUUUGAAAUAAUGUGUUGCAUCAAAAAUAUAUGAAUGAAUCGAGAACCAAGGUAAUUAUUGUCUUCCACAACUAAUUACGAUUCUCCAUUACUUGAUUAUUGUCUUCACACAAUGAAAAUGAAUUUCUGAUGAGUUUUCCCAAUUAUACAUUUUACUUGUUUUUUUUUUUUUUGACAUUUUGUAAUAUUUUUGUUUUCUACUACUUCCUCGAGAUUUUUCCACAGUAUUUGCAAUUAGUUAUGGAAGCACAAUAUGCCAGCCAAAACGUUACAAUACAUAUACAUAUUGAAUUACUAUUAUUUUAUGAAAUUGUACAUAGAUUUAUAAAGUCUAAGGUUAUUUUAUGAAAAAUGUUUGUAACGACGAGAAAAAAAAACUGUCGAAAUUUGAAAAAUAAAAGAAUAACGAAUUAACGAUUGAUAAGAGAAUAACGUAAAAGAGAUAAUAUUAGACUAGUGGAUGACACAACAGCCAAAUUUUGAAGGUCCAACAACAUCCAUCUAUUAAUCAAUAUAGACAUGAAACCAUAUAAAAUGUUGACGCCUGCUUUUUAGAGAAGAUCGUAGACGAGAUAAGCUAUAUUUAAAAGGAACAAUAAAUUAUUGAAGACUCAUUGACUCGACCAGUUCUCGAAUUGAUAACAAUGACUUUUUAUUCUCAUCGAGGUGAAGCAAAUAAAAUUUAUCUACGAUAAAUUUAAUUUAGAUAGUGGUCCAAGAAAAAUGAAGAUGAAGAUUAAAUUGACGAAUUCGUCUGUGUAAUUUUGCAUACAUUUGCGUGCAAAAGCGAUUUUAGAAUAUUUCUGAAAAAAAAAAUUAAUAAAACUUGUACUGAUUUUGAGCUGCGGCAUGAAAGCAUGUGUUUUUAACCUGUGAUGACGUGAAAUAUAACUCGAAUCAUCCACUCAUUUCACUCAAUUACAGAAUUCAAUCUCUAGUGAGGGAAGGAGAGCUCGGCGAAAAGAAUAAUUUUGGUUGCGUACAAUUUACGCAGAAGACAUUGGUAAUUUUUCAAAUUAUUUAGUCCUGCUCUUCUCCAGUUGAAAAAGGCCGCAAUAGGGACGAUGGAUUGUUUUUUUUUUCAUAAUGAGGAAAAUUGUUUAUAGUUGAUAAGAUUGUUCCGUUGAUGCACUCCUUCUGAACGCUUUGAAACAUAAAUGAAAGAAAAGGAAUUAAAAUAUUCACGUGCCACGUAAUUAAUUUUUUCUAAUGUUGAAACCGAAAGAAAUCUAUUAACAUGUUCCGCUUCAUUGCUUUGGGGGAAAUUUCAUGAAUUAUUUUUCCAGUGUUGAAUGAUGUAGUGCGUCGAUGGAGAUAAUCUGAUUGUUAUUUUACUUGUCAUUUUUAUGUCACGUUGUUUAAUUUUACUUGGAGCCAUAAGUCAUAUUAUCUAUAAUCCUAUACGUACAGAUGAAAGUAAUAUUAUACAUUUAAUUAUCAUGUGUCUCUCAUUAUGAUUUUUCUUUUGAUUGCCUCCAUGAAAUUUAUAUUACGAAAAUAAUAAAAUAGAUAGCGGUUUGUAUACAACAUAA